AUGACGUUUCAACCAGUAAAUCCAAAACCUUUCCUACAAGAAUUAACUGGAAAACCGGUAAUAGUGCGUCUAAAAUGGGGAAUGGAGUAUAAGGGUUACUUGGUCUCUGUAGACUCUUAUAUGAACUUGCAGCUAGCCAAUACUGAAGAAUACGUUGAUGGACAAUCAACGGGUGCACUUGGUGAAGUAUUAAUUAGGUGCAAUAAUGUCUUGUAUAUUCGAGGAAUUGAAGAGGAUUCAGAGAUGGGAGGGACAUGA